AUGACCUCCCCCGUACGACUGGAAAUUAUCCGCGCCAGCUGUAAUAACUGCGCCAAGUCCAAGGUUCGCUGCAGCAAAGACCAACCCUCCUGUCAACGAUGCUUGUAUCAAGGAGUCCCAUGCGUCUACAGUCCCUCCCAGCGGUCCCGAAAGCGGCCUCCGCCAACUCCGUCUGCACGGCGAGAGCCCAUCACAGAGACGCCGCACGAAGCACCCACCAUAACCAUGACCGAGACGACCGAUGAGACAUUCUCGGAUGGAUCUAUAUUCGCACCCGACAUGAGCCCAAUGAAGUGGAGCGACCUGCUCGAAUUCGACACCAGAAUGUCCGGGAUCUGCGAUGCCUCCCCCCUCCAGACCCCCGAUCAACCUCAGAUCGACCUGGAGACAGGCUUCCCUUGGCCGCGAGACACAGAGCCCUGGCUGCCCCACCAAACCCCACACCAAUGCUCUCAACUCGCCAUGUCCGCAAUCCAAAGACUAGACGUGCCAAUGGAAUCAUGCCCAUCCCUAGGCCGAACUCAUCAAUUCUCCCCUUCCCCCCGAAGCUUCGACAACAUCCUCAAAGACAGCCACUCCUCCCUGGAAGAUCUCCUCACCAUCCUCGCCUGUCCCUGCACAGCCAAGAUCGAUCUCAUCUUCCUGAUCACCACUUCCUGCACCCGCGUUCUGUCCUGGUACCAGGCUAGUCUGGAUCGCAGCGCCGCAUGCCCCGGCCGCGAUACCGACGGCAGCGAAAGUAGCGGCGACAGCAUCCGCAGCAGAAGCAGGAGUGUGACUGGGCGGAGAUCGCAGCCAGAUACUAAUAUGAUGUUUGGGCUGUCCCGGUCCUUUCACGAGUGGGUUUCUAUCCCGUCGAUCAAUGUUGGGGCCUACACGCUGGAACCGGGCCAGACACGCCGCAUGGUCGCGCAGUUGAUCUUGGCGGAAAUCGAUAAGGUUAAGGAGGUCUUGGCCGCGUUUAACCGCAGCUAUUGUCGACAGGGGGAUUUCGGUGAAGAUGAUGAAAAGGGUCUGCAUAUGGCCUUGGAGGCUUAUUUGCGACAUCAGAUGAAGACGGUGGCUCUUACGGCGCGGGAAAAUUUGAAUUGA